GGUAACUGCAAUUUCUCGACCGUCGAAAGCUCGUAGGUCUUCAUGCGCUGCAGCAGCAGCGAACUCGGCAGUGUCUCGAAGUCAAAGCAAACAAACCAAUGGAGAAGUUUUCGAUCGUUUAAACAAACCCCAAACCAACACAUCAACUCCGACUCAUGUACAAUCUUGGUCUGGCAAUAAGUCAAAGCGGAUAUCGAGCCAAGUGGAGGCUGCAUUCAUGGCGCGGCAAGAACGCGAUCAAGUUGAUCGGCAGCGUCGACGCUCGGAGCUUGCAGCUCAGCUACAUCACUUCCCUUACAAGCCGAGGCUCUCAAGGCACUCACAGGAAAUAUGCACAGCACUGCUUGAGAACGACACUGAUCAACAUGCUUGCCAUCACCAAAGAGAGCACAAGACCUUGAAACCCAAAAACCGUGUCCGGUAUUCGAUUCCUCCAUGCACAAGCGUCUGUAGCAACAAACAUACGCCGGAUUUCACUCACGUCCCGUUCACGACGCUUGUCGAAGAACUGAAACAGCAAGAGCAACGCAUGAGAGGCAUGACUAAGAUAUAUACAGCAACUAAAGAAACAUUUGAGCGCUAA